GCGGUUGAUCUCUUCCUUUGGUCUGGGGUUGACAUGUCUAUAUCCGGCAAGACAUGCCGUGGUCACAACACCUGUGUCAAAGAGGAUGAUCCCCCACCGUCGGGUUUGGCAUCUUUGACUUAAUUCAAAGUCGCAUCCCGACAAAAGGACCUGUGUGGAUGCUGCCGAAUCUUGGGGAGGGGAACGGGGUUUUGUUUUCUUCCAUCAAUAUUCAUCCCUCCCCCUCAUAUAAGCCGAGCUAAUCUGUCCCGUCCCCGCCGACGGUACCACGGCCCUGCAAAUAACAGGCGCGUGUUGAUGUGAUCCAGUCACGACGGCUUAUCACUCAACUGUUCCGUGUCAUUACUUAAUUCCCAUACAUUACCCCCUUACUAUUUACCUCGUAUCCUCCGCAACCUCCCAAGGUUUUUAUCCCUGCUCUCCCUGUUCUUCGACUCUCGAUCACUUGUUCACAGUCAUCUUCCCACAAGAGACACUUUGGGUCUUGAUAACCCCUGAGAAAACAAACAAAAAGAGGACACCAUGGGUUCUAUAGAAAACCCGGAAGCCAUCACCUCCACCAUGCUCCAUCUACUACCACUGGCUGGCAAGGUAUUUGGAAUCACGGGUGGAGCAAGCGGUAUCGGUCUAGCCACAGCCCAGAUCCUCUCAAGGCGCGGUGCCACGGUGUGUAUUGCCGACGUCGACCCAAAGGCGAUGGCGAGCGCAGAAGUUUACUUCUCGGGACAGAGCGGCGCCAAAUACAGCAUCACCAAGGUGGACAUAUCGAAGCGGUCCGAAGUUGACGCGUGGGUAGACGGGAUAAUACGCCAGUUUGGAAGGCUGGACGGCGCGGCCAACGUUGCCGGUAUCAUCGGCAAGAUUCACGGCGCCGUUCCGGUGUCUGAUAUGGAUGAUGACGAGUGGGAUAAGAUUGUUGCUGUCAACCUCACCGGUACCAUGUACUGCAUGAGGGCGCAGCUGAGGAAUAUAGUGGACGGGGGCUCCAUCGUGAACGUGGCUUCGAUACAUGGUCUCAAGGGCUUUGCUAACCAUGCUGCAUAUGACGCAAGCAAGCAUGGUGUGAUUGGCUUGACCAAGGCCGCGGCACAAGAGAACGGCGCCAGAGAAAUCAGGGUCAAUGCCGUUGCUCCUGGUGCCAUCUACACCCCUUUGAUGCAGAAGAACUGGGACAUAACAGGACGACCCAAAGACGCACCUUUCGAUGACCCCAGCGCCUUCAGAAGACAGGGCACCGCAAUGGAGACAGGAAACGUCAUUGCUUUCUUGCUUGGUCCCGAUAGCACUUUCGUCAGCGGAAGUGUUUAUUCUGUUGAUGGUGCUUGGAUAUGAUGGACGUUUGUCUCGCCCAGAACAUAUGAUCUCAUUUUAAUCCCUUUAAGCAUUUAGCCAGCGAGCAACUUUGUUCCGAGGAAAGCUGUUCAGUUCAGCUAGCUUUAUACAUCACAAUGCCAGCGACACAGCUGCUCUUUCCAUCACAAUUUUACAUAAAGCGACUUUAUUCGAUAUAUCUCUAUACCCCUGAGGCCAAGCAUUAUUGAAUAAUUAUCUCCCUCAUCAUUUCCACCCCCUGAAUUGGCAGAAAGUCGACGCCGCCUACAUGUCUUUUGAAAAUUCCUUUCGCAUAGUACAAUAGCCAUGCUUUACGGCGUACAUCUGCUUCAAACACAUUCCAGGUAGCCUGUGGUAUGGGAUAGUGGAAAAAGCACACCGAAGUGACAAUAUGACUUCAUGUCCGGCAUCUAACGAGAGUCCGACCGCUGUAUGACAUCAGUCUACCAGACAUCCUCGGGAUUUACCUCGUGGUUUUCCCCAUCGUCGCGUAUGUGUUUGCGCUUGACGUCACGCGCGCACGGUUUUCGCAUGUCGUAGGCGUCCUCGGAGUCAAGGGUCGGAUCGCUCGAGUGGUCACCGUAGUAGUCCUUGACAACCCUGAAGACGCUGUAACCCAUGCUCUUGUAGAACCUGAUGGCCUUGUGGUUGGACUUGCGAACAAACAGAUCGACGAACCAGGCGUCACCGGCGUCGGCGGCCGCCUCGAGCUGCUGCGACAGCAGCUUGCCGAUCCCCAGCCUGCGCGCCUCGGGGGCUACGGUCACGGCAGUGAUGUGCGCGUGCCAUGGAAGAUAGUGUUCAGAGUAUUUGUAGAUGUCCGGAGAGGACUCGAGCUUUCCCAUGACUAUUUGUUUUCAGAUCGAAUCGAAGGGCGGCCCAUGACAAAAGGCGUGACCAGGUGAGCAAAUCGGUCAGCUUGUUUUUUUCCGUCCGUUUUUCUUUUUUUUCUUUUUCUCAAGCCCGGCUUCAAGCCUCAAGGGUGACGCAGUCCGGAAGACGCACUGUAGCCGAUGAUGUUGCCAUGCUGGUCUUCGGCGACCUGGAAGAGAGACGGCCACUUGGCAUGGUAUUGGAGGUAGAAGGAAAGAUCGUAGGUCUCGGUGAAGGGAUCAAGAUUGCAUUUGGACAGCUUGCUGAGGUCGCUGGGGACGAAUUGCCGAAAAUUGGCCAUUGUGCAAGGCAAGUCACGGGUGUCACAGACAGUAGACAAAUCCGAUGAUGGCGACAGGGUCAGUUUUCGGUUGUAUUAUUGCUUUGCGAUUUGAAGAAUUUCUUGAUUUAGCUCUCCAAGCUUCCCCG